UCCCACAAACGCUUAUGAUCAGAAUUUAUUAAGACGCUGUAGACGAUUGUGAACAAAUUUGUUUGUAUUUGUUUUUGUAAAUGUGUUUGUGUCUAAAAACAUUUUUUAUUUUGUCAUGUUUAUAAGAAGCUGUGUUUUGGAGUGAUGGAGUUAAUUUGUGUGACUCUGAUGAUUAUUAUUGGAAUCAAAGAUUCAACAGCAGAUCAGUUUGCUGUUGUUGGACCUGUAGAUCCUCUCCUCGCUGUAUCUGGUGAAGAUGUGAUUCUGCCCUGUUCUCUCAAACCCAACAUCAGUGCUGUAAACAUGAGAGUCGAGUGGUUUAGACUUGAUCUCAAAGACUCAGUAGUUCAUCUCUAUGAAAAUCAUGAAGACAAAAACACAAAUCAGCUUCAGUCGUACAGAGGAAGAACUGAAGUGUUUAAAGAUGAACUACAGAAAGGAAACACAUCACUCAAACUAUCAAGAGUUCAGAUCUCUGAUGAAGGACUUUAUAAGUGUUUUAUUCAGUCCAAAACCAACUAUGAUGACAUCACUGUUGAUCUCAAAGUUGAAGGUGAGCAAAACACUGAAAACUAA